GCACCUACAAAACAUUUUUUGUUAGUAAAAAUAACUUCCGACCUUUAGUAUAAAAGAUGCUCAUCUAAACUUGCAUCAUUUAAAGUACAUUAAGCGGUUCUAAAGGAAAGUUUGAAUUCAUUAUUUCCAUUAUUUAGUUUUCCUCAUAAAAUGAAUUUGCUGAAAAUAGCAAGUUUUGCUCUUGCCGUAGGCUUAACAGGGCUAGUUUUAUCAGCUGACGUUCAGGCUAAAGUCUAUGGGAAGAAAAUCGAAAAGAACACUACGGCAUGCCAACCAGAAGGUGGACCUUUCGACAAGUUAAAUAUCUCCAUUUCAGGCGACAUUCACGAGAUAGUUGAAAAAGGCAAUCCAACGCAAGAUGCAAAAUGCUUCGUAACAUGUAUCAUGACGAAAUGGGGACUGUUGUCUGAGGAUGGAGGAUUUCAACCCGAUGGAGUCAGAAAAGUGACCAAAGCUAUACGAGAAUUCGAUCGAAAUCCCGCAGAAUACAAAGACAUCGAUGAAGUUAUCAUAACUAAGUGUGGUGCAAUAGAAGAACCUGAAAAAUGUAAUAAAAGAUAUGCUAUAGCUGAAUGCGGCUUCAAGGUUUUUACUGAAAUUCAGGGAUGAAUGCUUGAAAAUGAUCAAAUAUCCGAUCAAAAACUGUAAAUGCUGGAUUUUUAUUUUGUUAAAUAUUAUUUCUGGUAUACUACGAA